CAGGAAGUGGGCUCUUUGCCGUCGUGACGCCACUUGACGCUGGUCUCCACCGAGGACGGGAGUUGCAGCUGUUUUUAUCUUGUAAGCCUGGCGAUCUUCCUACGAGAUGUGGCUGGCGCUAUGCACAGUUAUCCCGACCUUAUGCUCGGUGAUUUACGGCUUUAAUGAACAAGAGCUCCCCGCUGUUUCGGGACAGCAAAACGGUGACCGCUUCAAAAUCGAGGGCCGUGCGGUGGUGCCGGGCAUUCGCGCUCAGGACUGGAUAAGCUCAGCUCGGGUGCUCGUCGAGGGAGAGGACCAUGUCGGCUUUUUCAGGACUGAUGGAAGUUUCACUGUGAAUGAUGUCCCCUUUGGUUCCUAUGUAUUAGAAAUUGUGUCUCCAGCUUAUAAAUUUGAACCAGUUCGUGUGGAUAUCACAUCAAAGGGCAAAAUGAGGGCAAGAAUGGUCAAUUACAUUAAGACAUCAGAGGUGAUUCGCUUACCUUACCCUCUUCAGCUGAGGUCCUCUGGCUCUCCUUCUUAUUUUUUGAAAAGAGAAACUUGGGGUUGGACAGACUUUCUGAUGAAUCCUAUGGUUAUGAUGAUGGUGCUACCCCUGUUGAUAAUUGUAUUACUUCCAAAAGUAGUAAACACCAAUGAUCCUGAAAUGAGACGGGAAAUGGAGCAAUCCAUGAACAUGUUGAAUCCCAAUCAUGAGCUACCUGAUGUUUCAGAAUUUAUGACCAAACUUUUUUCCUCCAAGUCUUCUGGAAAGUCUGGCAGUAGCAGUAAAACAGGCAAAAGUGGGCCAAUGAAGAGAAGGUAGUGUGCGCUCUGUAAGAAGACAUGAAUUGAUGCCUUUUGCUUGCUGCCCGACUCAUUUUUUUUUUUUUUUUCCUCCUCAUAUCCCAACAGUGAAUGAAAUAUUUAUUUGAAAGUAAUGUUUUGACAUGUUAUAAUAUGUUACUGCUCGUACUCAUGAGAAACCAUGAGUGAAUAUUCAUAAUAAACCUUUAGAGUCACAAACUUCAUUGGAGAGAUGCUUUUUAACUACGGAAUCCCAAUUGUUUCAAAAGGUAAUUACAUAAAUAGUAUAAAACAAUUGUGUUUGAUUGCAUUUAACUAUUGAAAAUAACUCUUCAUGGUUUACCUCACUAGUAAGUGUGUGAAGCAACUAUUACAGAUUUAUAUAUUUCUAACAGUGCUUUUUUGAGUUGUUUUUGAAAAGGAUUUAAUUGAAUAUUAUUUCAAUAGCUUUUAAUUACACCCACUUAAUUGCAGAUAAUGAAAAUGGACACACUGUGUUGAUCAACAUUACGUGCUCAGAAAAUGUAAAGUGAGAUGCUUGUAAUUUUAAAUAACUAUUUAUAUAGAUGUAUUUAAAAAUGAUUGAUGACAAUAAAAUGUAACUGACUUUUU